GGAUAUUACAUCAUAAAAAAGUCAACUUAUACAUCAUAGGUUCAAAAGUCUAUCGAACGGAAACACGUUACUACGCUUCGAUUUCUUUGUUCACAUGAAUUUUUCUGAUUUGCUUUCAAGUUUUAUUUUGAUGCUAUGGAAGCUUGAGCCCGGUGGAUUCGAAUGUAAAUAGCGAGGCUAUUUACUGUACUAAAGUACGAAGAUUGAUUGCCCAUAUAACUAACAGAAACUGAACGAAAGUCAAUAAAUUUUACUGACAUGUACGUUUAAGUGAGCUCUCUUAACCGAAGGCAAGUAAUACGUGUUUGAGGCGGUGUUUGUACUUAAAAAAUGGCUGAUGUGGAAAGCUUUACCAAUAUGAGGCGUGUGACCUCUGAAAUAAGUGACAUUUCUAUUUCUGAAAGCAGUAAAAAGCAAGAGGACGAUGUCUUCCCAGAGGGUAUAAGCAUUCUUCAGUUACCUGAUAAUGGUAAAAAUGACCAACAAAGUGUUUUUAUGGUUACUGCUACCAAACCUCAAAAAAAGAAAAGACCACCAAGGGAAGAUUUCCAGUCUUUUGAUCGAAUGUUUACACUGAGUGAUGAUUACCUUGGCAGCGGUUCGUCAUCUCAAGUUUUUGUAUGUCAGCGUACCAAAUCUGGCGAAAAAUUGGCUGCAAAAAUUGUUAAAAAAAUUAAUGCUAGAUCACGAGAUAGAGUGUUGAAUGAAGUUGAGCUCCAUCAUCUAUGUCGAAAACAACAAAACAUACUUAGCUUGAUAAAGUUUUUUGAAGAAAGCUCAAGGUACAUAUUUGUCUACCCUUUGAUGUUAGGUGGGAGCUUACUUCGUCAUAUUGAAAAACAACAUGUAUUUACUGAAACCAAGGCCAAAGAGGUUGUGAAGGACUUGAGUAAUGGGUUAAGCUUUUUGCAUCAACAUGGUGUGGCUCAUCGAGAUCUAAAACCUGAUAACAUUUUAUGUGAUAACAAUGAGACAAUUACACCUGUUAAAAUUUGCGACUUUGAUCUAGCAAGUGGUAUCGGAUCUUUGACUAAACCUGUAUCAACUCCAGUUUUGCAAACUCCAGUUGGCUCUGCAGAAUACAUGGCUCCAGAAGUAGUGAAGAUGUUUGUAGAUGAAGGCAAAGCAACAUCUUAUGAUAAGCGUUGUGACUUAUGGAGCCUAGGUGUCAUACUUUAUAUAAUGCUGUCAGGUCAUCCACCAUUCUACGGCAAUUGUGGCGAGGACUGUGGUUGGGAUAGGAAUGAACCAUGUGAUAAAUGCCAGAACUUAUUACUAAACAGUAUUCAAAGUGGUAACUAUAGCUUAUCAGGUGAAGAAUGGAACAAAAUAUCCCAAAAUGCAAAAGACUUGGUUGCAAAUCUCCUUGUACAUGAUGCAUCUCGUCGUUACUCUGCAGAUGCUGUUCUACAGUGCCCAUGGAUAACUUCAGAGAAUGAAAAUAAAUUCAAGAAUAUCAACACCCUUAGUGCCCCAUCGCCAAGAGUGACAUUCGAUGUUUCAGGUUUCCUUGAUGUGGCUAAUGCUGUGAGUCGUACUCUGGCUGAACGUGCUAAUAUUUUAAGUAAAAGUGAGAAUAGUGGUAUGUUUGGUUUGUCUCCUCCAGGUAUGUCAUCUUUGGCCAAACGAAGAGCUUGUAAGUCAAACAUAAAGCUAUAAUUCUCAUCCAUUUCAUUGUUUUAUCCAAUACUGACUGUGCAAUCAAGAUUUGGUGGAAAAUACUUUCAUACCACAUCCUUAUAUUUUAUUUUUUUUCCUGUUUACAAACAUGGAGAUAUUCAUUAAUCAUGCUUACAUUGAUAGGAAAUAAUUUUGCAUAUUCACUUAUCUGUGACAUUAUAUGGCAUAGGCAACUUGUAUGUAAUUAAUUAUUUAAUGUUACUGCAGAUGUUUCACAAUCACAACUAACCACAGUUAAUGAAUGUGAAAAUCUAGCACUAGCUUUGUUCAAAUACUCUCAGUAUUUUGACAUGGAUAAAA